GUGGCCCUCACAUGUCCCGACAAACUCCACCCAUUCCCCUCCCUCCCUCUUCAUCGCCAUCAUCAUCAUCAUCCCCAUCUCCAGAUCUCUUUCUUUCUUUCUCUCUCUCUCUCUCUCUCCCUCUAGUUCCCAGACACAUAGACCCGAAUCUGGCCACCAGCAAGGAUGGCCCCGCCGCCACCACCAUGAACGACCUCCCGGACGUCAUCCUGUCCAACAUAAUCGCGGCGGUUUCCGACACGCGCAGCCGCAACGCGGUGGCGCUGGUCUGCCAUAAGUGGCUGGUACUGGAGCGAGCCACCCGCGCCUCCCUAUCCCUCCGGGCCAACGUCCGGGACCUCGUCAUGGCUCCCAACUGCUUCCAGUCCGUCACCCGCCUCGACCUCUCUCUCCUCUCGCCGUGGGGCCACUCUCUCCUCGCCACUUCCACGGACGACGCCCACCUCCUCGCCCAAUUUCGCCGCGCCUUCCCCGCCGUCGCCGCGCUCACCGUCUACGCCCGAACCCCCGACACGCUCGAGCUCUUGGCCCCCCAGUGGCCGUACCUCACCGACCUGAAACUCGUCCGGUGGCACCAGCGGCCGUCGCUGCUUUCUCCCGCCGCCGAUUUCGAUCCUUUGGUCAACCAUUUCCACUCCCUUUCUUCUCUUGAUCUAUCCUCCUUCUACUGCUGGACCGACGACAUACCGCUGGCGCUCGAGUCGGCGCCCAAUCUGGCCGCGAAGCUCACUCGGCUCAACCUCCUGAACCCGUCGUUCGCCGAUGGGUUCAAGUCCGACGAGAUUAAAACGAUCACCGCUGCUUGCCGGAGCUUGAAGGAGUUCCUCGUGGCUUGCGUAUUUGAUCACAGGUACAUUGGCUAUGUCAGCGAUGAGACCCUGCUUUCCAUCUCCGCCAAUUGCUCGAAGCUUUCUCUGCUCCAUCUCGUAGAUGUCUCCGCUUUGUUGAACCCUAGAGGGGUUCCGGACGACUGGGGCUUCACCGCCAAGGACGCGAGGAUCAGCUCCGGCGCGUUGAUCGACAUGUUCGCCGCUUUGCCCUUGCUGGAGGAGCUCACCCUAGAUAUUUGUAAAAAUGUCCGAGAGAGCAGGCUGGCUUUAGAGGAGCUAAAUUCCAAAUGCGCAAAGCUGAAGUCUCUGAAAUUGGGACAGUUCCAUGGACUCUGCAGGGCCAACGAGUCGACGCUCGACUCCAGGCUCGACGGCAUUGCCCUGUGCCAACGCCUGGAAUCUCUGUCGAUUAAAAACUCGGCCGACUUGACGGACCUCGGCCUGAUCGCCAUCGCCAGAGGAUGCUCCAAAUUGGCCAAAUUUGAGGUUCAGGGUUGCAGUAGAAUCACCGUCCGGGGAAUGAGGACGCUGGCUUGUUUGCUCCGGCGGACUCUGGUCGAGGUGAAGAUCUCUGGUUGCAGGAACCUUGGCGCGGUUUCGUCGUUAAAGGCAUUGGAACCGGUCCAGGAUCGGAUUGAAAGGCUCCAUAUGGAUUGCGUUUGGGACAGUGUGGAGCAAUCCGAGGCUCUGCAGGGUAUCGAAUACAAUUUUGAUCUGAACAAAUCGCUGGAGGGCGGGGUGAUGAGCCAGCACUCGGGCUGCCAAUUCGCGGACACCAUUGAUGGGAACGCGAAAAAGAAAUUCGAGUGUUGGUAUGAUUCGAUUUCUUCCUAUAUGGAAGAGGAUGCCGAAAUUGGAAAUAGAAGAGAAUGCAAGACCUUUGCAAGGACAUGGGCGAGGCUGAGAUACCUUUCUAUCUGGAUUGGGGUUGGGGAGCUUUUGAGCCCCUUAUCAAUGGCAGGGCUCGAGAAUUGUCCUGAUUUGGAGGAGAUUUGGAUAAAGGUCGAGGGGGAUUGCCGGGGCCGGCUGAAGCCAUCGGAGAGGGCAUUUGGAUUGAGCUCCCUCCAGCGGUACCCUCGGCUGAGGAAGAUGCAUUUGAAUUGUGGGGACAUUAUAGGCUACGGGAAGACGGCGCCCUCGGGGCAGAUGGAUCUGAGCCUGUGGGAGAGGUUUUACCUCUUUGGGAUCAAGAACUUGAGUCUUACCGAGAUUGAUUACUGGCCGCCUCAGGACCCUGACGUCAACCAGAGGAGCCUGUCGCUUCCGGCAGCCGGGCUGCUGGCAGAAUGCAGCACCCUGAGGAAGCUUUUCAUCCAUGGAACUGCUCACGAACACUUCAUGAGAAUGCUUCUCAACAUCCGAAGCCUGAGGGAUGUGCAGCUGAGGGGGGACUACUAUCCUGCGCCGGAGAAUGACAUGAGCACGGAGAUGAGGGCCGUCUCUUGCUGCCGCUUUGAGGAUGCGCUGAACAUGCACCGGAUAGACGACUAAAGGGGGUUUUGUUUCAAUGCUCGAGAGUGCUCCCAAUUGAUGAAUGUCUAGAGGGCGUCUCCGAUGCACAAGGAUGCGUCAGGAUGGAUGACUGAAACAGGAUAAUCUUCCAAUAUGUAUGGUGUUAUUUGUGAAUUUGACUUAGUAUUCUCCUACUGCUGUAACAUUAUGGGCUAGUCAGAAAGAGUUGCAACUCGUUUCUGACUAGCCCAGAAGGAUCAACCACUAUAUGUUAUUUUUUUUUUUUUUUUUGGGGGGGGGGGGGGGGGGGGGGGGGGGGU